CAAAUGAACUCGACUCUGGAACUAACCGAUGGGUUGACCCACCCACAUCCACCCGGGUAGCUACGACCGCAACCUGGAUAUCCGACCCACUCGUGGGUAAUCCGGUUGCACCUAACCAGGAAUCUUUCAUAUUUCUACAAUUCACAAUGUCUUCAACAUGGAGUACCCCUCCUACCAGUUGA